AUGGGCGGCCAAUUGACAGGUAACGCAUCCAACUAUGGAUGGGUUGUGCAAAAGUUUGGCGGCACAAGUGUCGGCAAGUUUCCGGACAAGAUUGCGAAAGACAUAGUGAAGUCCAAUCUUUCUGAACAUAGAGUCGUCGUCGUCUGCUCGGCCAGGAGUACGGGCAAGAAGGCUGAGGGUACGACAAGUCGUUUGCUCGGCAUCUAUAACAAGCUCAAGGGCAUUGCCGCCGCGACCAACGACGAGGAUGUGCAGAACGAGCUCAUGGAGGAGGCCAAGAGCCUCAUCAGCGACGUCAGUAGCGAGCACGUGCUCGCGGUACACAACUUUAUUCGCAACGAGGACCUCCAACAUGCCCUGUCCAAACAGAUCAAAGAUGAGUGCCAGGAGCUUACAGAGUACAUUGUGGCCGCAAAACGAUUCAAUCUCGAGGUGAACGCCAGAUCCAAGGACCGUGUCAUCAGCUUCGGCGAAAAACUCAGCUGCCGCUUCAUGGCUAUAUUGCUUCAAGACCAAGGAGUUGCCUCGGAGUACGUUGAUUUGAGCGACGUCUUCCACUAUGACGCCACGGCCCGGCUGGAUGUGUCUUUCUAUCAAGAAGCGACCGCACUGUUGAACAAGAAGAUCCUGGCGUGCGAGGAUAGAGUUCCCGUCGUCACUGGCUUCUUUGGCAACGUUCCCGGCAGCCUGAUUGAUGGCGACAUCGGCCGAGGCUACACUGACCUCUGCGCUGCGCUUUGCGCUGUCGGUAUGCGCGCCGACGAGUUGCAGGUCUGGAAGGAAGUCGACGGCAUUUUUACGGCCGAUCCGAGCAAGGUGCCCACGGCACGACUUCUACCGUCCAUCACGCCAUCCGAGGCAGCGGAGCUGACGUUCUACGGCUCCGAGGUUAUCCACCAUCUCACCAUGGACCAGGUUAUCCACGCGAACCCCCCGAUACCGAUCCGCAUCAAGAAUGUCAAGAACCCCACUGGCGUCGGCACGAUCGUCGUCCCCGACCCCGUUCUUGCGGCAGGCCACCAGAUUCAACGCCACGCGUGGUCAGAUCCCGCUCGGCUUAAGAAACCAAAGAGGCCCACGGCUGUGACAAUCAAGGAUAAGAUCUCCGUCAUCAACGUGCACUCGAACAAGCGCUCCAUAUCGCACGGUUUCUUCGCCAAGGUGUUCUCCAUCCUGGACAGGCAUCAGGUCUCCGUCGAUCUCAUUUCCACCAGUGAGGUGCACGUGUCCAUGGCCAUCCACGUUGGCAACUCGGAGCCGGGCCAAUUUGACAAGGCGAGGCUCGAGCUUGAGGACUGCGGUGAUGUCAGCAUCCUACACGACAUGGCGAUUCUCAGCCUUGUUGGUGCCGAGAUGAAGAACAUGGUCGGUAUCGCGGGUCGCAUGUUCUCGACCCUGGGCGAGCACCAAGUCAACCUGGAGAUGAUCUCGCAGGGCGCGAGUGAGAUCAACAUUUCGUGUGUCAUCGGUGCGCGCGAUGCGACUCGAGCCAUGAACAUUUUGCACACCAAUCUGUUUACUUUCCUCGACUAA